UCAUCACAGAGAAACUUGGAAGGAGUAUGGAAGCAUGAUCUAUUUGAAGGAACAGUCGGUAUUAGUGCAAAUAAUACUGCCAUUGAAGGAAAAUUAUUAAUUUCAAAUCUUGACUUUGGUGUCAACGACUCUGAUAUGAAGGAACUCUUCUCAGAGUUUGGAAUAUUGAAAAAAGCAGCCGUGCAUUACGACUUUUCAGGUCGAUCACAAGGCACUGCCGAAGUUAUAUUUGCAUCAAAGCAGGCUGCUCUCCAGGCCAUGAAUCAUUAUAAUGCUGUUCCUCUUGAUGGUAACCAAUUAAGUUGA